AUUUCGUUCUCUGAGCCGUCCCUGCCUAUCCCGAUGGACACCGGCGCGAAGAACGUUGCCUUUCCGCCUUCGGCUCCAGCGAAGGCUGCUAAUGGUGGUCCUCCUCCUUCACCUGCCAAUGGAGCCACUACCCCGACUCGUGAGCGGAGAACGAGCGCGUCGCAUCAGUUUUUCCCGUUUCGGUUGGUGUCGAAGAGACAUCGGACGGUGUCUGCUGCAUCUGUGGAUGCUGUGGAUGGCACAGUUGGGGGUAACAGCACGAUUCUUACCUCGCCUGCAGGGUCGACGCGUAGCCCGACGCCGAAGCUGCCUGCUCCUCAGCGAGACCCUGUGCAGGCUACGAACGAAUGGAGGAUCAAAGAAGAUGCGGACCUUCGCGAUGCACCAAAACCGCGCAGGAAGAGACCGGGAGUCACGUUCGAAGGGUAUGAGAGCGAUCAUCCUCAUGCCCAACGGAAUAAACCUGCGUACCACACUCGGCCCAGCCGACCAUCACGAUGAGGGCUACUACACAAUUUUCUCUUGGUUUCGCGGUCUGUCAACCGCCCCGUUUGGAGUGGUGUGCGUCGUCGAUGGUGCUUUCGGCUUUCUGUUUAUACUGCUUUCGUUGUUUGACUUUGCUCUCUUGAUAAGUUAUGUUUUGACGCAUCUGAUAGGUCGCUCGCUCGUCGAUAGCUAUCGUUUCGCUCGUUUCCCUCCUGAAAUUUCCUCUUGGUUUUCUUACUCGUACUUAUGAAUUGCGUUUCGGAACUUGAUGUCGGAAUGACGCCCUUGUAUCCUUACUAUGCUAUUUUCUUCGACUUUCCUGUUCAUGUCUUACGAGUUACGAGGUAAUAGGUCUGCUGUGUAUAAUGUAGAGAAGUGCUUGC